AAAAUGUCUGCUAUUAUUAAGAGCUUGGCUAUCUUGAAAAAAUUGGAUGAUGAAACAGCUAUCCAGUUGAUAGAUUCAGCAUAUGAUUACUACAUUGAUCCUAGCAGUUAUCCUCUGAAGAAACUUACCAUCAACGUUAGAGCACCUUUUUCUGCGAUUUAUAGUGUUUUGAAGAAGGCAGGGAUUAAGGUAUACAAGGAUAUAUCAGCAUCUUCUCUUCCUAAACCUGUGAAAUCUCAUCUCCAAACGAAAUUAGCUUCUAUUUAUGAGAUCAAUGCUAAGAGGAUGGGAUUACUGACAACUUAUAAAGAUGAGUGAGACAAGAAGAGGAUUGUUGAUGCUAACACACAGAUUGAAUCAAUUGAUCAUGUCUUCUCUGAGACUGGCAAGAAGUAUGAAUCCUGACAGUGGAAGGUUAACUAUAUCCUCUCCCAUUCCAAACUUCAUAGAGUAAUGAUGCCUGAAGUAGUGAUUGAAAUCCAACUUGAAGAUGGAGAGAAAGUCAAAAUGACCCUUAGUGGUGGACAGUUUGAUGAAUUAAGGAGACAAGUAGCACUAUUACUGAGAUCAAUGCACCAGAUCGAGUGUAUACCAGGAAUGAAUAGAUAG